AUGGCCUCUGAACGGGAUCAAUCCAACACAACCAGGAACCUGACCAACCAGUUCGUGCAGCCCGCAUGGCGCAUCGCGCUCUGGUCGGUGGCUUACAGCACGGUGCUCGCGGUGGCCGUUUUUGGAAACUUGAUUGUGAUUUGGAUUAUCCUCGCACACAAGCGGAUGAGGACUGUCACCAACUUCUUCCUGCUGAACUUGGCUUUCUCCGAUGUUUCGAUGGCUGCGUUCAACACGCUCAUCAACUUCAUCUACGCGGCUCACGGAGAGUGGUACUUCGGAGAGGUGUACUGCAGGUUCCACAACUUCUUCCCGGUCACCGCGGUGUUCUCCAGCAUCUACUCCAUGACCGCGAUAGCCAUCGACAGGUACAUGGCCAUCAUCCAUCCCCUGAAGCCUCGUCUGUCGGCGAAGGCCACCAUAGGAGUUAUCGUCUGUAUCUGGAGUCUGGCCGUGGUUCUGGCCUUCCCUCUCUGCUACUUCUCCACCAUCCGAACUCUGCCCCGCAGGACCCUCUGCUACGUGGCCUGGCCCCGCAUGGCCGACGACCCCUUCAUGUAUCAUAUCAUAGUGACAGUUCUGGUCUACCUGCUGCCCUUAGUGGUGAUGGGCAUCACUUACACCAUCGUGGGGGUGACUCUGUGGGGAGGGAAGAUCCCAGGAAACUCAUCUGAUAACUAUCAUGGACAGCUCAGGGCUAAACGGAAGGUGGUGAAGAUGAUGAUCAUCGUAGUGGUGACCUUUGCCCUCUGCUGGCUGCCCUAUCACAUCUACUUCAUUGUGACGGGUCUCAACAAGCGUCUGAGCAAGUGGAAGUACAUCCAGCAGGUUUACCUGUCAGUGCUGUGGCUGGCAAUGAGCUCCACCAUGUACAACCCCAUCAUCUACUGCUGCCUUAACAGCAGGUUCCGGGCCGGCUUCAAGUGGGUCUUCCGUUGGUGUCCCUUUGUCCAGGUCUCAAGCUACGACGAGCUGGAGCUCCGAAACACAAGACUUCGACCGGGUCGCCAGAGCAGCAUGUGCACCCUCUCUCGGGUUGACACCAGCAUCCUCAGCAAAAACAAGAGCACUUGUUCCCAUGGACACAGGUCAAGACUCAACUCUGAGCCCAACAAUAAAGGCAGUUAGUUGUCUCCACAGGACACAAUCCAGCUAACAAG